AUGAUGCUGUCGCGCUCUUUGGCGGUACCGGCCACCGCGCUGCUGGCUUCUCUUUUUUGCACGCCGGCUUUGGCGCAGUUGUAUACCGACUGCAACCCGCUCAACGCGACCUGCGACGCGGACCCGGCGCUCGGCACCGCCCACACCUUCAUCUUCAACAGCUCGCCGCCGACGGGAACCUUCAAGAACACGGCCGGCACGGUGGAUUACACGGCGGACACGGGGGCCGGCUUCACUGUGUCCAAGAAGGGCGAGUCGCCCACCAUCAUCUCCAACUUCUACUUCUUCUGGGGGCGGACCGAGGUCAUCAUGCGGGCGGCGACCGGGACGGGCAUCAUCAGCUCCAUUGUGUGGUCGAGCGACGUGUUGGACGAGGUGGACUGGGAGUUCAUGGGCGGAAACAUCACGCAUGCCGAGACCAACUACUUCGGCAAGGGCCGGCAGGACUUCCAAAACGCCAUCUACUACCCCGUCGACGGCGGCGACGUGCAGAACGACUGGCACAAUUACACCAACGUCUGGACGAACGAGAGCCUCAAAUGGUACAUUGACGGCAGCCUGGUGCGCACCCUGCUGCCGGCGCAGGCCAACAACUCCGACAACUACCCCCAGACGCCUAUGAAGCUCAGCUUGGGCAUCUGGGCCGGUGGCGACUCGGAGCAGCCCCAGGGCACCAUUGACUGGGCCGGCGGCGUCACCAACUACGACGACGGUCCCUUCACCAUGUACGUCAAGAGCGCCCGCGUCGAGGAUUUUUCGUCGGGCAAGGAGUACUCGUAUGGAGACAACUCGGGCGACUGGACGAGCAUCAAGAUUGCGACUGGCAAUUCAACCGCCGUCGACGCCAUCAACACGAAACCUGAAUCGGCCGACGCGGGCUCGGUCUCGGAAAAAUGGGAAGGCCUGUCGUCGAGCGCUAAGAGCGGCGUGUACGCGGGUGCCGCCGGGGUAGGCGCCGUCAUGAUUGCCGCCUUGUUUUUCUACUACUUCCGGCAGCGACGCCGCGGCCAGCGGGAGGCCGCCCUCGCCGCCCAGAGAAUGGAACAGGACCGCCUGGAACUCGAGCGAUUCAAAAAGGAGGGUCGCGAUCCCGAUGCCCUGGGCUAUGAAGGUGCAGAGUACGAUGCGGCAACCAUGGGCAAAAGCGCCAACGUCAACACGGCCGUCUACAGCAUGCCGGGCAACGGCAGCGACAAUGACUCGCGUAGCAACUCGUUGCAGAGCGCCCACGGCAUGCCUGAAGCGGCCGCAGGUUGGGAUGCGACGGGCUCUAACAUGCACUCGCCCAUGCCACUUAUCCAGAACAACGGACCAGCUCGCAACAACAGCUUCGGCCCCUUCUCCCAGAGCCCUGGUAUGCCGAAUUCGUUCCCGCCCCCGACAUCACCUCCCAAUGGCUCUCGUAGCUUCUCGUCUCCCGGUGCUCAGAUGAGAAUGGGCUCCCCUGGUCCGCAAAACGGUGGCUACCAGAGCUUAGACCACGUUCAGAGUCCAACCAUGAUGCAGCCAGAGAAUCGAAGCUUCAGCGCGCCGAGGGCACCAGGUGGCGGCUAUGGUGGUGGUGAUGGGUACUUUGAUGGCAACGGCAACGGCAAUGGUUACAGAUGA